CUGAGAGGUGACUUGAGAUCGACAUGUUGGCCUUGCUGGAUUAGUCUGGUUGAACUUCGUUUCCAAUUUGACAUUUUCUGAAACAAAGUCUAUUAUUACGGGUCUCUAGUUCCCGAGAGGUCAAACAAAUUAGUUUUCUUCCAUUUGGACAGCGUGGAAUAACGAAAAUGAGUCCUGUUUGCAGAAAGUGGAGGUAACUUAACAAAAUUCCUACUUUCUAAAGGAUUCUUGUGUGUCUAAUAAAAAAAAAAGGUUGGGAUAUUUUGUGAUUAAAUCACUCGGAUAUUCCAAAGUGAUUAGUUUUUAUGCUUUUCAUCCGAGUAGUAGUUUGUAUUUUGUCCUUUUGCAUGUUAAAGAUUUUUUUUAUUGUAUUUGAGUUUUCAACUCUAAUUUAAAAAGACACAAGUCUUUUUUCAACCUACGUAACUGUGUAACAAAUUAAUUUGACGAGUGGUCUAGGUUUAAAAUAUAAUUAUUAAAUUAACAACCCCAAGGAUGUUUUUGUGACAAGGUCAUAUGCUUAAUGAGAUUAUAUCACACAUUGACAUGAAAUGGUUUUUAACAAAAUGGUUUUCUGAGAUGCUUUUAAUGCAAUGUAUAUUUUGAAAUAAUAUGGUAUCACAAGUUAAUUUAUUUACUUACGAGCAGAAGGCUUUAAUAAAACUUUGGCAAAAAAAUUCUAUGUAAGAACAUCUAUAUAUUUAAUAUUCUCUGUAUCCUAUUCGUCCUUUUAGAAAGGCUGAAUAUAUUAGCAUUCUCAUAUUUUUUUAUGAACGAUUAUUAUGUAUGGAUAUAUUACUAUGCUAGUUAGAAGGUCUGUUUAAUAAAUCCCCCCAAAAGAUAUUUUUGGAAAAAAAGAACACAAUUUGUUACGUUGCCAUGUGGAAAUAUAUUUUCUAUACUAUUUUAUAUAUAAUACCUGGCAUAUAAUACUAUAUUAUUUACUAUUUUAUCUAACAUGUAUGCAGAUAGAUAGACAGACAAACAAACAGAUACAUACACACACACAGAGGUAAUAUUAUCUAUUACCAUUUUACCUGUAGUACAUUUAAAAAUCUAAAAACUAUGAGCACUUAUACGGGCAAUAUGAAGACAGUUAUUUUGAACAAAUGUUUAACUUUUAUUAUUGUGCAAAUUUAUUUUUAAAGAUAAUUUUAUUAAGUAGAAUAACUUAAUAUAAGGAAGUUUAUUGCUUAAUUAUGUUCCAUAAUUAUUCAGAUAAUGCAUAAGGCAAAAGAGGAAAAUGGAAGACUUGAUAAGACCAUGUACAUUGAAAAAUUUUUUGCAUUUUGUUCUCAUUUGCAAAUUCUGUUCUGUUUUUGUAAAUAUGAGUAGAUUUUCCUUGCAAAUGUUCACGUUUAAAAGGCUUGAAAAGAAGGGUGUAGACACUCAAAGCAAUAUGAGGUGAAAGUAAAAUUAUUUCUACGGGCAACUACAAAGUAAAAAUUAUGAAAAAAAAAUACAACAUCAAGAGAUUUUCGGUAUGGGAACAGUGCGUUAGGAAAUAUCUUUAAUGGUGAAAAAAUUCAAAUGGACAGUUUGGCAGAUGGGAUCUUUUAGUUUUACAUUAUUUCAACCCAAGGGAACAAAGCUUUUAGUUAUUUUUUUUUUAACAUGCUAAUUCCCAUUUCGCCAGGAGGGGGUGUCUGUAAUAAAAUACAGUUAGGUUCUCCUUAAAGGGAAAACAUAUUAGUUUUCCUGGCACUGCAGGACCCUCUAGUGCCCCUCUACCUCCUGCCCCCCAUCCCAAGUUGCGGAAGGGGUUAAAACCCCUUCAUUGACUUACUGGAGUCCAGCGCCGAGGGACGUCAGCCGGCGAGGGAGACCUAUUGCGCAUGUCCGGCCGACAGCGGGGCAGACCUAACGCGCAUUAGACCUGCCCAUAGGAAAGCAUUGAAUAAAGCUUUCAAUGCUUUCCUAUGGGGAUUUUGGCGACGCUGGAGAUCCUCACAUAGCGUGAGCACUUCCAGCUGCGUUUUAAACCACUUUUCGUGUUCUAAGGUGGACUUAACCCUGCAAUGGAGGAGGACUUAACCCUGCAAUGUAAACAAUAAUUACACUUGCAGGGUUAAGGGUAGUGGGAGUUGGCACCCAGACCACUCCAAUGGGCAGAAGUGGUCUGGGUGCCUGGAGUAUCCCUUUAAAGUUAGAAAACUGGUUAUAUCGACUUAUUUAUUGAUAAAAGCAUUUUACCAAAAAUUAUAAAAUGAGAAAUGUCUUGAUAUCAAAUAUGUCCUGGGAUGCUCAGACAAUACAAUCUUGUUACAAUGAAUAUGGCUUUUGGUUGUUAUGUCCUUAUUGUGAACCUUCUCAGGUAUGCUUAUUUAGACUCAUAGCGAACGAGAGACUGGCCAGGACAGGUAAGUGUGCAUUGAGGUUAUUUAAAGGAGUCUGUGAGUUACAAUUGUGUUUAAAUUUCAUUUGACUGAGCUUAGCCCUUUGUGAAUAAAGUUCCCAGUCAGCAAGCACGUCACAAGGAACAAAACGGGUGGAGGGCUCUAUUUGAAUUAGAUUUUCGAUUGGCUGUAACUGCUAGAUUCCUCAGUAUUCUAUGUCAUCCAAUUGAUCUCAGAGAAUUAUGGGGAUUUUACAACAACAGUCAGAAAAGUAGAGCUUUUUUUAGUAGCUAAAAAUGUCUGCCCCCACAGAACAAGGAUGAGCCACGAGAUAUCCUAAAGAGAGUACUUUAUAUAUAUUGUUUAUAAAAUAUGCACAAUGAGACAAUACUACACAUAACCAUAAGCUUUUAUAUUCAGUUAUAAUAAAAUAUGAAUGAUAAGAAUUUUAAUUUACCAUGUGUAUAAAAACACACAACAUGAGGUGAGAAAAUUAAAAUGCAAUGUUUAUUACUUAGCACUUUAAUAACAUGUUUAAACUUAAAUAAUAUGUUGUUCAUCAAAAAAAGGCAUCCUGGGUGAGCAGGGCCUGACAGCAGAGCCUGUGUAGACGUGUAUCCCUGCAGCUCCUGCAAUACAUGGCAAACUAAGCCACUUAGCAACUGGUGAAAGCUGAGAACGGGAAAAGUUUGGCACCUAAAUGACAGGGGACCGUAAGACCUACCCGACAAUACCACAUAUGUGGACUCACAUAUUGGCUCCACCAGAACAGGUCUUGCGGCCUACAGGAAUGGAUGGCGGGGGGACAUGGCUGCUCUCCCACUGCCACAAUAUGCUGCACACACCAGCCUGGGUCCAUGUUCCCCCCCCUAUGGGCCAGCGGGGGUUAUCCCGGUCAUCACCGACCCGAUGCACGAAGCACCACUGGCCCUGGCUGAACAUUAUAGCUCAAUCAACGAAGAUAAUGGGCCAAACAAGAUGGCGGAUGCUCCACAGCUGCCAGUGCCUACACUAACACAGCCCGGUGGGAACUGCCACAAUCCGGUGGAGCGCUCACUACUGCGACUGGACAAGCUAUUUUUGUUUAUGUCCAGAUUUCCAGUAGUUUAAAAAAAGUUUGGGCCUUUUUGUUAAAAAAAGAGAUGCUUUACUUUUCCAAAGUGGCAAUUUAUUUCUUUGAUGCUUUGCGGGUUCCCAGACAGUUGUCUGCAUAUGGGGCCCUUGACACAAAUGGAAUAGAUAUGCUAGUGUGAGACAUUUGGAAUUGACGUGUACUGGAAAUUAAAUUAUGUUUUAUCUCUUAGUACUAAAUUAUUCUUUCAGUGAAAUCAUCUGAGCACAAUAGAGCAGACAGUUUUUUCUCCUAUCAGAAAGUCAGACAUGUCAAGUUUUAGAAAUGAAUGCAAGGAUUCACAUAUCCAGCUUGGUGGAGAGAGAUAUGUAUAAGACAGUUAUAUUUUGAUAGACAAAGCCAAACUUGUACUAGAAUUGGCAAUUUGUAGCCCACAUAAUGCAUCAGACUCCAAACCAGCCCACACCUUCUAUAACAAGGGUGCCCAAUAGGUAGAUCUCCAGAUAUUGUAGAACUACAACUCCCAUGAUGCUUCACAGGCCUUUAGAAAGACAAAGCAUCAUGGAAGCUGUAGUCUUAAAACAUCUGGGACCUACGUUUUGGGCACCCCGUUCUAUAGCAUGGUCUAUGCUAAGUUGCAUGUUGAGUAUGUGGAUAUAGACAUGUAUUUGUGCAGCAUAUGUACGAAUAUGUGGGUGUAUUUGUGUAGUGUGGCUGUGUUUGCAAAUUCAGGGUGCUUUUGUAGCAAAUGGCUGUGUGUGAAUGUGAGGAUGUUUUUGUGUAGUGUGGCUGUGUGUAAAUAUGGCAUGCAACUGUGUAGUGUGGCUGUUUAUCUAAGGGUAUACAUAUUUGUGUAGCAUGACUUCAUGUGUGAAUGUGGGUGUGUUUUUGUGCCGUGAGGAAGUGUGAAUAAAUGUGGAGGUGUACUUUUGCACCCCCUAUGUUAUCUCAGCACCACCAUGUUAUCUGCGCCCAUAUCUCAGGUUUUCUUAUUCUCCCACCUAUUGGCUCUUCCCAUAUGCCCUAAAAUACUCAAUACCAAAAUAUAGCCAAGCUUUUCUUACCGUGUAUCCUCUCCUUUCUUUAGUGUCCACAGUGCAGAUGUUGGGUGUUGGUGCUGUGUGGGAGAUAAAAGUCAGGGAUGUGAUGACCACCCCCAUCCGCAGAGUUUUUCCCCUACGUAUUACACUGCAGAGUUCUCUUCUCUCUCACAAGGAGAAAUAAGAGAACUCUUGGCUACACUAUGCUAACAACCCUAAAUCUGCACGUCUAUCUGUGGUUCCAGUCUUUCGGUUGGCAUGUUGGCAGAAUUAAAUGAUAAUAAGGUAGCUGCAGAAUUAUCUGAUAUUUCCAGUUCCCCUUAUCACAGUCACUGGGUAUUUGUAUUGCUAAAUUUUGAGCCGUUCAGUAAAUCUAACCAGAAAUCUGAAUUGAUGGAUUGAAAUGUAAAAACAUCUGUCAUUGUACAUGUAACUUAAGGUUAAAUAAAAGAGCAGGAAAUGUAAUAUAUAUAUUGUGCUAGUUAGAAUUGUUAACAAAUUGUUAACACAUUUUAAACUAUAUUUAUAAUAAAAGCAGUUUUUUGCUUUACUUAUCAAUCAGUUACAAGGCAAGGCAAUGGCGCAGAGUGUGUACUAAGAAUUGAUUGACGGUGGAGAGCAGGAGAACCCUCCUUGCCCAUGGCAAUCGCGGCCCACCAGGGAUUUUCCCGAGGUGGCCGAUGGAACAGAACUUAAGACAUUUACUUACUAAUUGUAUCCAAUUUUAAAAUGUCACAUUAAUCUCAGCUCUCUGCACUCUAUCUUUCAGCCAGUUUUCAAACCACAUACAACUGCCUGCUACACACUGAGCAUUGUGGGAUGCUAAACUAAGCAUUAGUGGGCAGCUGCCUACAACUUGGAGAAGGCAGAAGCAAGCAUCAAGUAAGUGUAUUUUUUAAUCUUUAUAUUAGUUGGGUAUUUUGCAAUCAUGGGCCUUGAUUUAAUAUUGUUGGAUAAGUUUUCCAAAUGAUUUAAUAUUUUUGGAUAGACUUUUAAAAUGGUUUAUUAUUAUGAACAAUAUUGUUUUAUAUAUAUGCUAUGUGUUUUAAUAUUUUGAUAUGUUGUUAAAAUAAUUUGAAAACUUUAUCCAAAAAUUUGAAAUAAUUUGGAAAGGUUAUCCAACAAUAUUAAACCAAGACCAUGAUGUGCAGGUUACAUUUUAAUAAUUACCUAAAGACAACUAUGUUGUUCAUGACUUGCGUUCACUUUAAUUUAGUUGUGCCUUUACACGGGUAAUCUACAAUGUACGUGCUGAUGUGAGUUCCAGGUAUUUGACUUUCCUUGAUGUGUAAACAAUUAUUUGUGUUUUGGAGACCUCCAGACAUUAGAAUGAUUGUGGUGCUGCAGUUCAUGGGCCUCUGCCUGGCUUUUGUCUCGACUGUGUUUCUAAUCGUAGCAACUUGGACCGAUUGCUGGAUGGUAAACGCAGAUGACAGCUUAGAGGUGAGCAUCAUGUUGCUAUAGACCUUAUUUUCAGCACAGCAAUCGAUAUAACUUUAAAGUAUUAUAUUUAAUUGUAUUGAUCAUGGUUUUUAUUGAAUGAUUUUCUACAUAGGGGAUAUGUGACUGGCGUGGGGAGACUUGCAUUUUAUGUAUAUGUAUUUCCUUAACAAGUUCGGUCAUUGUUUGAGGUGGCAGCAGAUAAGCAUGAGGUCGUUUCUGAUCUUCAUGGACAGUAAAUAUAGAAGCAAACAAAACAAACAAGGAAACUGACUGCAACUGCGUUACAGUAGAGAACAAAGAAUGGUUUUCUAGGGUAGAAAAGUCUAUAAUACAUCCUCAACAAUUCACAGAAUAUUUUCUUAAAGUAAUUUUAUUUAAAAAUGUUUACCAUGUACAGACGAAUACAAUACAUGGCAUAGAAACAGUUAAUAAUAUUCAGUCUGGGUUUUCUCAUUAUAAUAAGGCAUUAAGAGAUACUGUGCCCUAUAGAAACAUACACCAGAAAACAUAUAAUAAAUUGACAUUUAAGAAUGUUUCAGAAAUCUUAUUGGUUCUUUUCUGUUACAUGCUGGGAUCUCACACAACCUAGCAUUCAUUUUUGUUAUCAUGUUCAUAACUUUUAUCAGAAUCACAAAAAAGAGCAUCACAUCAUGUUGGUCUCUACUACGGCACUAAAAGAGUUCCUUUCACUAGUGUUGUACAGAUAGUGGGACUCUACAUUCCAUCCGGCUGGCUAAUGGCAUCGUGGUUUAUUUAGCUUCCAUGAUUAUUCCAGUUGUAUUUUGGCGUAACUCUGCUUUGAUGAAAAAAAAGCAAAGUUCUAGUAAAUCUAGUGCACACAGAUAAACAAGUUGUCUUUUCAGGUCAGCCAAAAAUGCAGAGGACUGUGGUGGGAAUGUGUUACCAACACACAGGAUGGAAUCAAAACAUGUGACCAAUACGAUUCUAUUUUGGCAGAGCACCCAUGUAAGUCUUUUUGAUUGCACACAAUAGAACAUUUUUCUUAAUGUUCAUCUCAAGCAAAAUCAUUUUUUUCUUGCCAAGAUUCACCUUGAUACAUGUACCAUACUGAGGUGACGUAAAUCGAGGCCUUUGUUCUCAAUUUGCUCUUUUUUUUUAUAUAACUUUCAAUACUUUGCUUUAAAACUAAAGAACUAUAUAUAUAUAUAGUGCAUUACAUAACCAACUGUGUUUUGCUUCCAGUGAAAAUAGUACUUACUCGAGCCUUGAUGAUCACGGCAGAUAUAUUGGCGAGCUUUGCUCUAAUCAUACUCGUACUAGGUCUGGAUGCAGUGAAGUUCCUGAGGGAAGAGCCUCGUAUAAAACUACGUAUGUGUUACAUGGCUGGCUUCAUCUUUGGAAUUGGAGGUAUGAGCUGUCUUCUGUCUUAUCAGUUUUUGGCCCAUCAGCGUAUACCAGUUAGUGUUGCACACUCUUUGAUACUGGCAAGCUGGCAACAAGGCUAUUGUGCCAGAGUCACUGAGGAAGUUUGUCCUGCUUGUAAAAGUGCCCCCAAACAGGGCAAAUAAAAAAGAAUAGAGACGGAGUGGACAAGGAGUGAAGGACAGCCCGGAGGUAGGUGUUGCAUGAAGAGUAACUCCCCCAAAGCUUCAUGAUGGCAACACUAGGACGAAGGAGAGGUGAAUAAAUCUCUUUUACAUUGAAUACAUCAAGUAUCUUUGUGAUAUAUGGUUAAUUCUGUGUAUAUGAGAGCAAUUUCAGUUGUUCUUUUCCUACCCUGGUUGACUUUAAGUUCUAAAUGGCAGAGAAUUGAGCACUUAGACUACAGGGGCAUGAUCUAUAUAUAAAAAUCACUUAUUAAGUUACAAUUGUUUUGAUGAUUAUAUUAGCCCUUUAACUCAUUAAAUUGAAAUUGGUUCCAUUCCCCAGGAAUCCCAGGAAUGAUCGGUUCCGUAUGGUAUGCAGUGGAUGUCUAUGUUGAAAGAGCGACCCUUGUUUUACAGAAUGUGUUCUUAGGAAUCCACUACGAGUUUGGAUGGUCUUGUUGGUUGGGCAUGGCAGGUUCUACUGGCUGCUUUUUGGCAUCAAUAGUCCUCACAUGUUGCCUUUAUAUAUUCAGAGGUUAGUAUCGUAUAGUAUGAACACCUCAAAUGACUUUUGAGUAACUAAAAUAUAGCAUCUAGAGAGGUAAAAUACACUUCAAAUUAGAAGUCCAUAUUUAAAAAUUCAAGAAUGUUCUAAGAUCACAUAUAGAAAGAUAAAGGCAGACUAUCUUGUCUAUUCUAUAGAGACCACACAAUUAAUUAUUAUUCAGUUACAUCAAAAUGGAGGAAUAUGUUGGAAAUCACAGUAUUUUCUGCCGUGAUUGCUCCACUGUUAGCAUAUCCACAGAAGUGUUUGCUUGAUGCUUUGUGUGUCCCACUUAGUUUUUAUAAAUUCCAUGUUUGGGACAAUUGGCAGCUAACUUCUUUAAAUGACAAUUGCUUCAAAUUUAGAAUUGUGCAUCAUAUUUCCUACACUAGUUUCUUUGGUGAUGAUGAGUCUCACUCCCUGGCACCCAUCAAGAAGCGUUUAUAUCUUUUUCACAUUAAUAGAUAGAUCCUUCUCUCUUACAGAUAUUGGAUCGUCCAAGAGAAACCAGAGAUCUAUUUAUAAAUAUGGAAGAACAGCAACAGGGAAAAUGUACGCAAUAGACUCCAGAGUGUGAUCAAUACCUGCACAUUAAUGAUUGUAAACACAAUAAGCUACGUCUUCCAGAAGUAUUCAUAAAGAAUAGUGUUAAUACAACGUCUGAUGCUACCUGUAUAGUUGUCUUUUAUAGAGACUUGUGAAGAAGGAGCAAGUCAAUAUCGGAUGUUUUGGAUGGAAUUAGUAGACUUGCUUUUGAUAUAGUCAUAUCAAUAUACCAAUAUUAAAUAAUAAAUGUAGAAUUUUAGUAUAUUAGUUAAUUAUUGUAGAAAUCACAUUCACUACUUUUUCACUAUUGUUUUUCAAUGUAAAAUUCUACGAUAACUGACAUAAUUUGUUUAUUACACUUGUAAUGUACUAGUUAAUAUUCAACGUAUUAUUUGUUGGUGGCGGAGAUGUUAAUGUUGGCCACUCAUAACAUCCACCAACAACUGUGACAUUUUGAAGAAUUUCAUUUUUAAAGUAAAAUGUUCUCUUUAUUUGUGGAGCUAUUUGUAAUACAGUGAUUUGCAUAGUACAUAUACCUGCCAUUCUAAAAAUAUUUUUUAAGAUAUCAUAGCUUUCAAAUCUGGCUUUGAAAAAAAACAAACACUUUUUUAUAGUUAUCUACUAAAAUUGAUAAAACAAUCAAGGUAGGCAGAUAAUCUCACAACUACAUUGCUCUUUAUGUAAAGAACCAUUUACUCUGUUAUAAGGGAAAUCUCAUUUCUUCAAGUCUCAGCAAAUCAUGUUCAAUGUAAAGUCCAAUUAUAAAGUAGACGAUAACUAUUUGUACUGGCUCUUUAUGAAUUUGUACAUUUUCAUACCAUUUCCUCUGUUAUAAGGGAAAUCUCAUUUCUUCAACUCUCAGCAAAUCAUGUUCAAUGUAAAGGCCAAUUAUAAAGUAGACGAUAACUAUUUGGACUGGCUCUUUAUGAAUUUGUACAUUUUCAUACCAUUUACUCUGUUAUAAGGGAAAUCAUAUUUCUUCAAGUCUCAGCAAAUCAUGUUCAAUGUAAAGGCCAAUUAUAAAGUAGACGAUAACUAUUUCUACUGGCUCUUUAUGAAUUUGUACAUUUUCAUACCAUUUACUCUGUUAUAAGGGAAAUCUCAUUUCUUCAAGUCUCAGCAAAUCAUGUUCAAUGUACAGGCCAAUUAUAAAGUAGACGAUAACUAUUUGUACUUGCUCUUUUUGAAUUUGUACAUUUUCAUACCAUUUACUCUGUUAUAAGGGAAAUCUCAUUUCUUCAAGUCUCAGUAAAUCAUGUUCAAUGUAAAGUCCAAUUAUAAAAUAGACGAUAACUAUUUGUACUGGCUCUUUAUGAAUUUGUACAUUUUCAUACCAUUUCCUCUGUUAUAAGGGAAAUCUCAUUUCUUCAAGUCUCAGCAAAUCAUGUUCAAUGUAAAGGCCAAUUAUAAAGUAGACGAUAACUAUUUGUACUGGCUCUUUAUGAAUUUGUACAUUUUCAUACCAUUUACUCUGUUAUAAGGGAAAUCUCAUUUCUUCAAGUCUCAGCAAAUCAUGUUCAAUGUAAAGGCCAAUUAUAAAGUAGACGAUAACUAUUUGUACUGGCUCUUUAUGAAUUUGUACAUUUUCAUACCAUUUCCUCUGUUAUAAGGGAAAUCUCAUUUCUUCAAGUCUCAGCAAAUCAUGUUCAAUGUAAAGGCCAAUUAUAAAGUAGACGAUAACUAUGUGUACUGGCUCUUUAUGAAUUUGUACAUUUUCAUACCAUUUACUCUGUUAUAAGGGAAAUCUCAUUUCUUCAAGUCUCAGCAAAUCAUGUUCAAUGUAAAGGCCAAUUAUAAAGUAGACGAUAACUAUUUCUACUGGCUCUUUAUGAAUUUGUAAAUUUUCAUACUAUUUACUCUCUUAUAAGGGAAAUCUAAUUUCUUCAAGUCUCAGCAAAUCAUAUUCAAUGUACAGGCCAAUUAUAAAGUAGACGAUAACUAUUUGUACUUGCUCUUUAUGAAUUUGUACAUUUUCAUACCAUUUACUCUGUUAUAAGGGAAAUCUCAUUUCUUCAAGUAUCAGCAAAUCAUGUUCAAUGUAAAGUCCAAUUAUAAAGUAGACGAUAACUAUUUCUACUGGCUCUUUAUGAAUUUGUACGUUUUCAUACCAUUUACUCUGUUAUAAGGGAAAUCUCAUUUCUUCAAGUCUCAGCAAAUCAUGUUCACUGUAAAGUCCAGUUAUAAAGCAGACGAUAACUAUUUGUACUGGCUCUGUAUGAAUUUGUACGUUUUCAUAUCCCCUCAAAUGUAAACAAAUACAACGUUUGUCUAAAUUAAGAUCUUCUAUUCUCCUAUUUAUUUUACUGCAUGUUUUCCCAUUCCAUAAUUUCUUUCUUGAUAAUAUUUGCCCAAAUUUGCCCAAGCCUAUGCGAAAUUAGAAUCUAGCCAUUUAUUUAUAUAAAGGCAAAAUUGUGUUUCCUUUAUAUGAAUCAAUAUCCCUUUAUAACAUAAAUAUCACGACUAUCUAACAAAAAUAGCUUUUGCAGCUGCUGUCAGGUGGCUCAUUGUUGCCUAGUCUGUUGUCUAUAAUUAUGCCCACAUCCUUCUCGUUUUAUCAUAUUCCAAAC